CUUCAUAGAAAAACCAAAAAAAUGGGAGCUCAGUGGUCUAAACAGGCGGAACGCCGGAAAUUAAUCGCCGACGAGAAGAAAACUUUACGGGAACUCGAAGAGAGCUCCGGCUGCAACUUUCCCGGCUGCGAUUACCAUCCAACCGAUCGGAAAAACUGGAUUUCCGGCCUCAACCCGGAGAAAAUUCACCUGAACCAGAUUGUUUGGCCGGGAACCCAUGAUUCCGCCACCAACAAGAUCGGAAUCAAGAUGGUUUCUCGGCCGUUCGCCCAAUGUCAAUCGUUAUCCAUUUACCAACAACUUGUAAUCGGGACCCGUUUGCUUGAUAUUCGGGUCAACGAGAACCGAAAAGUCUGCCAUGGGAUUCUCACCACGUACAGUAUCGAUAAUGUGAUCAACGACGUCAAGAAGUUCAUAUCGGAAACCGAAUCCGAAAUCAUUAUCCUCGAGAUCCGAACCGAAUUUGGACACAACGACCCACCCGAAUUCGAGAAAUACUUGGAGCAACAACUUGGGGAAUACUUGAUCCAUCAAGAUGAUCAAAUAUUCCAAAAAUCAGUGGCGGAGAUUCUUCCAAAACGAAUUAUUUGUAUCUGGAAGCCUCAAAAAUCCGACCCACCAAAACCCGGUAGCCCGUUUUGGAGUUCGGGUUAUUUGAAAGAUAAUUGGAUCGAUACCGAUUUGCCGGCAACGAAAUUCGAGAGUAAUUUGAGUUACCUGAGUAAACAACAGACCUUGAGUUCCCGAAAAUACUUUUAUCGGGUUGAGAAUACGGUGACACCGCAAGCAGAUAACCCGGUUUUGUGUGUGAAACCGGUUACGAAACGGAUCCACGGGUAUGCAAGGGUGUUCAUUACGCAAUGCUAUUCUCGAAGUAUAGCGGACCGGUUGCAAGUAUUUUCAACCGAUUUUAUCGAUGAAGAUUUUGUUGACGCUUGUGUUGGGCUUACUCAUGCAAGAGUCGAAGGAAAAACUUAAGUCUUUUUUUGGACCGUAAAAUAAUCGUACCUUGUGCAUUAAAAGUUGUACUUUCACGUCAUUUUUUGUGAUUGGUUUUAUUUGUGUAAAAAGUUUCAAUUUUUUAUGUAAUAAGAGUGUUUCGUGCGAAGAUUGUUAAAAUCGCCGGUGACAUGCCGCAGAAUCUCGUAGGAUUCCGGUACCGGCGGCACGUGGUGUGCACGCCCACUCGUUUUCUGUUUACCAACCAUGUGGUUUGUACUUUGUAACCGUAAUUUUCGGUCGAUUAAAAAAAUCAAAUAU